GAAAAACAUUCUUAGCUUUUGUUGUUUCUUAGCAACAGUAAACAAAGCAACAGACUUUUUGUCCCUACACAUAAAUAAUACUCAGUAUUCAAUAACACUUACACAGAGCACAAGUAUACACGUAGAUUUCUGGAAAAUACAAAAAAAAAUAGAAAGGAAAUGCAGAACGCGACAGCAAACGAGGAUGCCAGAUAUGCUGAGGAUUUUGCACGUAUACGGGAUACACAAAUUGAAAAUGUUUUGCGGAUCAUUUCGACUGCCAUUGAAAGGAUUAAGAUGUCACUGAUAUUGCCAAAGUUAGGCGAUGAUAUGGAUCACUUGAGGGAUAUUUUGGAGGGUACUUCGUAUGAGCCGGCAAUAGGAUUAAUAGAAAAACUACACACAUUGGAUACCGUUAAGGUUCAGAUAUUGAAUCAUGAUGUGCUCAAGAUAAUCGAUUACUUUCAUCGUAACUAUCAAAUCUACACACUGUUUCCACGCCUCGUCAAUUUGUUGUCGAAUGAAGAUAAGAAACUGAUUGUAGCCUGUGAUACUAUUCUCAAAGUUGCGACCCGUCAUCUUUGGCGUACCGCAAAGAGCGAGAUUAGCAUGGAACGUCAGCUCCAUGUCAUGUAUCAUGAACGGGAAGAGCUGCGAUCCCGUACAGCCUAUUAUCAUAAGAAACUCAAGUCAAGAUACGCCGUUCUUCGCUGGAAACAGGCUGUGAAAUUCCUGAUAUUGGAGAAACUUGAAACGGAUUUGGCCAAUCGAAAAUGGAAAAACAGUGUGCGGAUCCAGAAUGAGAUUGAGAAACGAGGUCGCAUUCUACGGGAUGUCCAUAAGAACACAAUACAGAAACAAAAGGAUCUGGAGGAGGAACUGGAAAAAGCUCGAUUUGAAUAUGAUCAUCUGAUUCAAAGUAUUACCGUCAACGAAAAAGAAGCAAGGGCUGAAAAAAACAAGCUACUGAUCCAGCUAGAGAAUAUACUCCAAAAGUUUGAUACAAACAUUGGUGAGAAGAUUCGGGAGAAUCUGGAGCUGGAGGAUCAGUAUAAAGCAGCCAAAAAAGAAUUGGACAUUUUUAUGGUAUCGUACCGUAAAGAGGAGGCGAUCUAUAACAAGAUUGUGGUUAAGUACGAACAAGAGGAACAACGCAAACAGCAACAACGCAUCCUAUUGUUCAUGAUGAAUCGUGCGGCGCGGCAGAUACAGAAAUAUUGGCUCAAAUGGCGCAGAGAUCAGCGUCUGAAGGCCCGGCGCCUUAAUAAGAAGAAGAGAAAGUAAA